AUGAAUGGCUCAUAUAAUGGUCAAUCAAAUAUAAUUAUUCAACAAUCCAAUUACAUUAAUGAUUCCUUUUGUUCUGGAACAGAUGAUGAAAUUCCACCAAUAUCAUCAAAUAAUAGUAUUCAGAUAACUUCAAAUGGUUCUGGAAAUGAUAUUUCAUUUAAUAUAAACCAUGUUAUACAGUCAGGAAAUCAUAUGAAUGGAAAUUCAAUUUUACACCAAACACAUCAUAAUCAAAAUAUUUAUGAAUCUUCAAAUUCAUUUCACCAGUCUUAUCAUCAUAUUUCUGAAUAUCAAGAUGAUACUACAAUUCCAAGUACUUCAAGUAGUAUUGGACUUCAAUAUACAUCUGUUGAUAGUAAUCCAACCUCAAAUGGAAACAUUAUAACACUUAAUUCUAUUACAAAUUCUCAAAUUCUUCAUAAUUCAUCUUCACAUCAAAUUAUAUUGACAUCUCCUAAGGAAGAAUCAUCAACAAUUGUUCAAAAAUAUGAAACAUCUGGAGAAAUAAUUCCUGUCAAUAGAAAUAAUAACAUUAAUGGAUCAUUAUCCAUUGCCACCUCAACAUACUUAGAACAUCAUCCAAAUAGUAUUUUAUUAUCUUCAAAUGAUAUUGAUAAUAGCAAUCAUCAUCAAGUAUCAGAUUCUAAUUAUGUUACAACAACAUCACAAUCUCAUAUUUCUACUGGACCUACGUAUUACCUAGAAACAGUUAAAAAUUCUCCAAUUGUAAGUGGUCCAGUAAAUGGGAAUCAUGUGGUGUACAGAACUCUUACUAGUAUUUGUAACAAUAACCAAAAUAUGAAGCACAAUUCAAUAUCAAGUGGAAGAGAUAAUAUAUGUUUUAGUUUAAAAAAUUCCAAUAACAAUUCUAUACAACAUGAAGGAGGACAACAAUCUAAUUUGAUUUGUAAUAAUUGCAAUAUUGGAAAUAAUUUUAAUAGUAAUACUAAUUUAAGACCAUUUAAUAAUAAUAAUAAUUAUGAAAAAAUACAACAAAAUAUUAAUCAAGACUGUGAAAGAAUAUUAAAAAAGAAUAUCCAUAAAAUUACAUUAAAAAAUAAUAAAAAUUUAGAAAGAAUAGAAUAUGUUUCUUUUUCACCUUCUGAUUUAAAUAUAAUAGUUAGUAACAAUGAUGGUAUUUCUCAAAAGAUAUCUAAAAGUGAAAGUAUUGAAAAAGAAAUGAGUGGUUAUAUAGAUGAUAGUCAAAAUGUUGAAAAAAUAAUUCCAACGGAAGAUAAUAAUAUAGGUAUGAUAAAAAAUUCAAAUAAAAAAGAAAAGUUUAGUCAAAGUAAGGUUACUACGUUAGAUGAAGAUCAUAAAAAACAGAAUAUGGCAAAACAACAAAAAUUAGAAGCAAAACGUGCUAGGCAAGCAGAAGUUGCUAGAAAAAGAUAUCAUAAUUUAUCAGAAGAAGAGAAAAAAGAGUUAAACAAAAAAAGAACAUUUGCUCAGAAAAUGAAAAGACAAAGAGAUAAAGAAAUGAUGGAGUUAGAUAAUAUACUUAGACAAAGUAACGAUAUUAUUGAAGAUCCUGAAAUAAAUAAAAUUUUGAAAAGUAAAAAAAUGAGAGCUCGAUGGGCUGAAGCUGCCAGAGCAAGAUAUCAUAGAAUGACACCUGAAGAAAAAAAAACUUAUAAUUUAAAACGAAGAAUGAAACAACUUUCUUCUACUGUUCAUGAAAAUGAAGAGAUGACACCUGAAGAGAAACAGAAAAUAUUACAAAAAAAUUUAAAAGAGCAGAAUGCUAAAAAAGCUGAGGCUGCUAGAUUGAGAUAUCAUGCAAUGACAGAUGAAGAGAAACGUGCUUAUAACAAAAAGAGAACUGAGGCUUUAAGAAAAAAACGUGAUGAAGAGGAGAAAUUAUUAUCAAUACCAGUUAAGAAUAUAACUAAAGAUACAUGGGAAAAAGCACAAAAAAUAUUAACAAGAAAUGAAAAAAGAGCAGCUGCUGCUAGAUUAAGAUAUCAAAAGAUGACACCAGAAGAAAGAAGAUUAUAUAAUCGAAGGAAACCAAAAAAUCAUAGUUCAAAGAAUAGUGAAUUUGGGCACUCUGAAAGUUUAAAUGAUGAACAAUUAUCUUAUGAUGAACGUUCCGACAAGACAUUUUCAAUGAGUAGUAGUAUCGACUGUAGUUUAGAAGAGAAUGACGUUCUUCUUAAUAUUGAAAAAGAUGUUAUAAGGCGUACUCAUAUAGCCAAACAAACUCUUAUACGUCAAAAUAAUUAUAAUAUUCAAAAAAAAAUUGAAAAAAGGAUAAGUAAUUCUAAUUCUAAUAUUAAUAAUCAUUCAAAUUAUACUUCACAAAUUCAUCAAUCAUGUGAAGAUCAAUUGAUAUUAAAUGAUCUUCAUCCACAUUCCAUGUCAGAAAGUGAUAUAGUAUAUUCACAAGAUGGAUUUGUUCAAAUACUUCCUGAAUCAUUAUCCAUAGAAUCCAAUGUUUUGGAAAAUUAUCAAUCUUCUCCAAUGUCAAGUCAAACAUAUCAUCAUGAUGAAUCUAAUUUAAUAGAUUUAUAA